AGUGAGGGUGUAUGUGGAUCCGUUUACCUACGAGGACCCAAACCAAGCCAUUCGAGAGUUCGCUAAGGAGAUCGAUGCCUCAUACAUAAAGAUUGAAAAAGUCAUCGGCAUCGGUGAGUACGGCGAGGUUUGCUGUGGUCGUCUGAAGUUCCCUACGAAGCGUGAGGUGUGUGUGGCCAUUAAGACGCUGAAGGCUGGCUUUACCGAGCAGCAGAGGAGGGAUUUCCUGAGCGAGGCGAGCAUCAUGGGCCAGUUUGAUCAUCCCAACAUCAUCCGUCUGGAGGGCGUAGUCACCAUGUGCAAGCCGAUUAUGAUCAUCACUGAAUACAUGGAUAACGGCUCUCUGGACGUGUUUCUCAGAAAGAACGAUGGGCGUUUCACAGUCAUUCAGCUGGUUGGUAUCCUGCGUGGCAUCGCUUCAGGGAUGAAGUAUCUCUCAGAUAUGAGUUACGUCCACAGAGACCUGGCAGCACGAAACAUCCUGGUUAACAGUAACCUGGUGUGUAAAGUGUCCGAUUUCGGCAUGUCCAGAGUGCUGGAGGACAAACCUGAGGGAGCUUAUACAACACGGGGAGGAAAGAUUCCCAUUCGCUGGACAGCCCCAGAAGCCAUCGCAUACAGGAAGUUCACGUCAGCCAGUGAUGUGUGGAGCUACGGCAUCGUCAUGUGGGAGGUGAUGUCAUACGGAGAGCGGCCGUACUGGGACAUGAGUAACCAGGAUGUUAUAAAGGCAAUAGAGGAAGGGUACAGGUUACCAGCACCAAUGGAGUGUCCUGUAGCAUUGCAUCAGCUCAUGUUGGAGUGCUGGCAGAGAGAGCGCAGCGAGCGGCCCAAAUUCAGCCAGAUAGUCAACAUGCUGGACAAACUGAUCCGCAACCCGAACACGCUCAAGAGGAUGGGACGAGAGACGAGCAGGUCACACAGUCAAAAGUCCCACGCAUCAGCACUAAACCACACCCUCUCCAUUGAGCCAUCCCCUUCAUUCAGUUCAGCAGAGGAGUGGCUGAAAGUUAUCGGUCUGGAGAAGUACAGAGAAAACUUCGCUAAGGCUGGACACAGCAGCCUGGAAAGUAUUAUACACAUGAAUCAAGAAGAUUUGGCCAAAAUUGGAAUCUCCUCAAGUGCACAUCAGAAGAAAAUCCUGAACAGUCUCCAGGAAAUCCUGUCUGGAAUACAACAAAUAGAAGAGAUCAAGCUUCCUGUCUGAUCUGCGACAGUGCAGUUUAAACCAACAUCAAUGGCAAUAUGGAAACAAGAUGGAUAUAAUAGUUUAACUGCUCACGCACUUUAAUUGGAUACGGACAGUUGCAGACAGUGGAAUCGCUGCACUUUUGAUGGACUAGCCUGCAUCUCAUGGUCUUCCUGACUGAGGAGUUCUGAGGGAGAACACUAAAAACUGUUGACCCUCUGCAAAAUAAUACUGAUAUAGAUUCAGGAUUUCGUAUCGGAGUCCACUUUUGAACAGACUGUGAAAGUGACACUUGAAUGGGCAGUGAGAAUAUUUUUGCUGUGUUUUUGAAUGAAGGGAAUGAACAUCAUCCCCUUCAGGUCAUCGUCUGAACAGCGCUCUUAUUGAUGGAUACAAGUUACUUUUUUUAUUUCUUGGUCCUCUUAAAUACAAAUUUUUUUUAAUUGUUAUUAUUUCUCGAGUGUGUAUUUCAGGAACUAUUCAAUUCAAGUUAACUGGUGAUUUUUGAAAUUAAAAAAAAAAAAAAAAAUUACUAUCUGAAGGGAAUGAAGGUCCAUAGAUCAGAAACAUCUCUAAGAGGACUAGGAGCAGAUAUGCAGUGUACAGAGAACAUGUGAGCCCGGGUAUGAUGUGACUUGAGGCUAUUUUUAUUUGGAGUUUCUCAAAAAAAAGUCAAAAUUAUCUGCAAAAUUCAAAAUAUUUUCCAGACUUACCUUCACUAUCACCUUCAUGAGCGAAUGUGAACACCCGAACAUAUACUUUGCUUCGCUGUACCUGCAAAUAAUUCAUUUGUCCAGAAAUACAGUAACUGUAUUUUGUAGCUAAUUUACUUUAAAUACUUUCCCUGAUUUAACCUAGUCCUGUACUGUAUGUCUUUUCUUAAUCUAUGACCAAGUCCAUGUUUUGGUGGACAUUUUACAGAUUAAUGUAGCUUCUCUAAAUGAUCUAUCUAAACAAUCAGCUUUCUAUUGUAUAUUGUACAUAAAGCAAGACUGUAAUAAAUAUAAUUUGUGAAGUACCAGUGUAAAAUCUGUCUAAAUACAACCGCGUUUCCAAAAAAGUUGGGAUGCCGUGUAAAAUGUAAUUAGAAACACGAUGUGAAGAUUUGCAAAUCAUGGAAACCCUAUCUUUCAUUCAAAAAUAGGACAUAGACAACAAAUCAAAUGUUGAAACUGAGAAAGCUUAUUGUUUUCUGAAAAAUAUAUGCUUGUCUUAAAUUUAAUGCCAGCGACACGUUUAAAAACUGUUGGGACAGGGGAAACAAAGAACUGGAAAAGUAGUUUAAAUUAGUUUAAAACACUAAUUUGGUUAAUUGGCAACAGGUGAGUAACAUGAUUGGGUAAAAAGAGCAUCCCAGAGAGGUGGAGUCUCUCAGAAGUAAAGAUGGGGAGGGGCUGACCGCUUUGUGAAAGUCCGCAUGGGCAAACAGUGCAACAAUUUACAAAUAACAUUCCUUAACAUGAAAUUGCAAAGAAUUUGGAGAUCACAUCAUCUAUUGUACAUACUGUAAUAUCAUUAAAAUAUUCAGAGGAUCUGGAGAAAUCUCUGUAUGCAAGAGACAAGGCUGAAAACUGACAUUGGAUGCCGGUGAUCUUCAGGCCCUCAGGCAACACUGCAUUAAAAGCAGACACGUGUCUGUAGUGAAAAUCACUGUAUGGGCUCAGGAACACUUCAGAAAACAAAUGCAUCCACAAAUGCAAGUUAAAACCAGAUAUAAACAAUAUCCAGAAAUGCCACCACCUUCUCUAGGCCUGAGUUUUUUUACGAUGGACUGAGGCGAAGUGGAAAAUUGUCCCAAAGUUUGAUGAAUCAAAAUUAGAAAUUCUUUUUAGAAAUCAUGGACACCACGUCCUCCAGGCUAAAGAGGAGAGGGACCAUCCGGCUUGUUAUCAGUGCACAGUUCAAAAGCCAGCAUCUGUGAUGGUAUGAGGGUGCAUUAGUGCACAUGACAUGGGUAGCUUGUACAUCUGGGAAGGCAUCAUUAAUGCUGAAUGAUAUAUACAUGUUUCAGAGCAAUAUGCUGCCAUCCAGACAAAAUCUUUUUCAGGGAAGGCCUUCCUUCUUUCAGCAAGACAAUGCCAAACCACUUUCUGCACAUAUUAAAACUGCAUGGCUCCAUAGUAAAAGAGCCCAGGUGCUAAACUGGCCUGCCUGCAGUCCAGACCUGUCUCCCAUUUCAAACAUUUGGCGCAUUAUGAAGUGCAAAAUAUGACCAAGGAGACCCUGAACUGUUGAGCAACUGAAAUUGUAUAUCAGGCAAGAAUUGGACAACAUUUCUCUUUCAAAACUACAUCAAUUGGUCUCCUCAAUUCACAAACAUUUACAGAGUGCUGUUAAAAGUAGAGGUCAUGCAACACAGUGCCCCUGUCCCAACUUUCUUGAAACUUGUUACUGACAUUAAAUUCAAAAUGAGGUUAUAUUUUUUAAAAAACAAUAAAAUUUCUCAGUUUCAACAGUUAUGUUGUCUUCAUACUAUUUUCACUGAAAUAAAAUAAAAGGGGGCGACGCGGUGGUGUAGUGGUUAGCGCUGUCGCCUCACAGCAAGAAGGUCCGGGUUCGAGCCCUGUGGCUGGCGAGGGCCUUUCUGUGCGGAGUUUGCAUGUUUUCCCCGUGUCCGCGUGGGUUUCCUCCGGGUGCUCCGGUUUCCCCCAAAGACAUGCAGGUUAGGUUAACUGGUGACUCUAAAUUGACCGUAGGUGUGAAUGUGAGUGUGAAUGGUUGUCUGUGUCUAUGUGUCAGCCCUGUGAUGACCUGGCGACUUGUCCAGGGUGUACCCCGCCUUUCGCCCAUAGUCAGCCAGGAUAGGCUCCAGCUUGCCUGCGACCCUGUAGAACAGGAUAAAGCUGCUACAGAUAAUGAGAUGAGAUAAAAUAAAAGGGUUUCCAUGAUUUGCAAAACAUUGCGUUCUGUUUUUAUUUACAUUUUACACAGCAUCCCAACUUUUUUGGAAUUAGGGUUGUAUAGGCCAAGCUGAGAGGUGAA